UCCUAUUUUUGCUUUGAUACUUGAGCUGGAAGCACAGAGGCGCUUUUUCUAGACAAGCGAAUACACGAAGUGUGUUAAAGGUUUGGAUGUUUAUGGUCACAAUGAAGGCCUCCAUCUUCUUUCUUCUGUUGGGAAUUCAGGGAGCAGCGGCAGUGACCCACUCUAUGAAGUAUUUCUACACUGCGUCCUCUCAAGUCCCAAACUUCCCAGAGUUUGUGAUUGUUGGGAUGGUUGAUGAAGUUCAGGUUGAAUACUAUGACAGCCACACGGAGAAAAUGGUGCCCAAACAGGACUGGGUGAACGGUGUAGUAGAUCCACAGUACUGGGAGAGGAAUGCUGGGAAAGCUGUGGGUGUCCAGCAGGUGUUCAAAGCCAACAUUCAAGUUGCAAAGGAGCGCUUCAACCAAACUGGAGGUGUUCACAUUUGGCAGAAGAUGUAUGGCUGUGAAUGGGAUGAUGAGACAGAUGAGGUGAAUGCGUUCAAUCAGUUUGGUUAUGAUGGAGAAGACUUUGUGGCAUUUGACCUGAAGACUGAUACAUUUAUCGCUCCAACACCACAAGCUCUUAUCACCAAACACAAGUGGGACAAUAACAAAGCUUAUGUUGCACAGAAGAAGGAGUAUUGCACUAGGAUUUGUCCUGAAUGGCUAAAGAAAUAUGUGAAGUUUGGGAAGAGCUCAUUGAUGAGGACAGUUCCUCCUUCAGUGUCUCUCCUCCAGAAGACUCCCUCCUCUCCAGUCAGCUGCCACGCUACAGGUUUCUAUCCUAACAGAGCCGAGAUGAUCUGGAGGAAAAAUGGAGAGGAGCUUCAUGAAGGUGUGGUCAAAGGAGAGAUCCUUCCCAACAAUGAUGGGACCUUCCAAAUCAGUGCUGACAUGGAUUUUUCAGCCAUUGCAUCUGAAGACUGGAGCAGGUAUGACUGUGUGUUUCAGCUCUCUGGUGUGAACAACGAUGUCGUCACCAAAUUGGACAAAGCAGUGAUCAAGACCAAUGAAGGUUCUUCAGGGUUUCCUAUUGGUGGUGUUGUUGGUGGUGUUGUUGGAGGACUAGUCCUCUGCAUCACUAUUGGAGUCUUCAUAUACUUCAAGAAGGGAAACAAUGGAUUUAAACGUGCAAACACUUCUGACACUUCAUCAUCAUCAUCUGAAGGUUCAAACACAAAGAAAGAGCCCAUUGAAGAGCAGAAGAUGAUGAAAUCCACUGCAUAAAAGUAAUAGAAGAAUAAUUUUUAUGCAAUCAGAAAUCAGAUUGUUCAAUUGUUUUUUUUUUUCUUUGGGUGUCUGUUUUUUAAUUUAGUCUCCAGAAAUAUUUCAAAUUACUUUGUCUUUGAUUAUCAUUUACAAAGUUAACCUGCAUUCAUGCUUCAGUUCUGUCUAUAUUGGGUUUCUAAGACUAUUGAAUACAUGUUGUUUUUGUUUAAAUGUGUGGCAGAGGUGAGAGAAACAAACCUUCAACUUGACUAAAAACAUUUGAAGAGAACUGAUGCAGAUACGCAGAUGUUUUGUGGAGAGAGAUCACUGCAGCAGAUGUCAAAAACCUGAUGAGGGGAUGUAGAAAAACCUGUUUCUCAUCUAAGUUUGUUAGGUAAAAAUCAGUUUAAUUAUUGCUCAGCUAUGAACCCGUGCAUAAAUGGAUCUUUUUGUCAUAAAAUAAUUCAAGUGAAGUAAAUUUUGGUUUUACAGAGCUCAUGUAUGAUGUGGGUGUUUCAUAGCAGUUUGAAUCUAAUGAUAUGUAAAUAUUCUUGAAAUUGCUGUUUGUGUGGAGUUUUCAUUUAACCCUUGUAUGGUGUCCGGGUCUGUGAGACCCAUGCCAUUUAGAGGCCGUUGCCCUUUUAGGCAGUAUAUACCAUCAAAACCUGCAAAAUAUGGUAUAAA